UCUUCAAAAAAUCCACAUGUAUCUUCUGUACAUAAUGUACACUGUACAUUUUACACUAUAACAGUGUGUAGUAAACAACAACAAAGUAGACUGAUAAAGUUCAUCUUCAUAUCACCGCAUCACUCUUUUCUCAAAAUGAAUAAUUUUCAUGCUAGAGUUCAUAGCUAGUUUUCAUGCCUUGUGGUGAAAUACGUCAGCAUCACCAGCGUGGCCAUAGCCAGUGGAUAUCGACAGCCACAUCUGAUCAUCUCGAUAGCGCCAGGGCCAAAGGGCAUAUUAACUUAAGCCAAGGGGACAAAUAUAAAAAAUCUGCAGUUUGUUUUAUUGUAAUUUUAAAAUUUCAGAAACUACUUACUUGGCGAAGCAUCAUGAGAAACAAGUUACUGACGCUGGUGUUAAUCCGUGACAAAUGUCGGGUGCUGUUGGGAAUGAAGAAAAAAGGAUUUGGAGUAGGGCGAUGGAAUGGAUUUGGAGGCAAGGUGGAACCUGGCGAGACAAUCAUGCAAGGUGCUAUCAGGGAACUAUAUGAGGAGAACAACCUAAAGGUGAACUCCUUGAAUCAAGUUGGAAUCUUGAAGUUUGAGUUUAUUGGCGAGCCUCAGUGGUUGGAGGUCCACGUAUUUACAUCUGGUGUUUAUUCUGGAACCCCAAAGGAGAGUGAAGAGAUGUGCCCAAAGUGGUAUCAUAUUGAUGCCAUUCCCUACGACACCAUGUGGCCAGAUGAUAAACAAUGGUUCCCGCUGUUUUUGAAAGGAAAGAAAUUCUCCGGAUAUUUCAAGUUCCUAGGCCAUGACGUGAUACUAGAACAAACACUUGAGACUGUUGAUGAUUUUGAUCAUUUAGAUCAGAAUUAUGUGUUCAAUCCAAAUCAAUCAUAACGAUAUGUUAUUCUGUCAAAGUUAUGGAUGGAUAGGACCAAGAUGGGACAGUAGAUUUCAAAUUCCAAGGAACUGAUGUAAUACUGGAACUAUGUGGACGAUUUUGAUCAUUUAGAUCCGACUUAUGUGUUCAUUCCAAACAAAAAAAUCAUCUCAUUCUGUCAGAGAUGUAUUAUGGCACAGGUGAUGUGUCUUCAAAUGUGAGGAUAAUUGACAGUCAUCUAGUGAUAGUGCUGGUCAGGUUUGUUCCUAUUGAUAUGCAACAACUGCGGCAGAUUUAAAGAAUGUCCUAAUUGACGCUCAGCUCUCAGCUCAAUAUUGACUAUACCAUUCAAAGCUAUUUGUGUACGAAUUGCAUUUAGUUUAAAUGUCUUCCAAUUGUUUUUUUAAUAAAUAAAAGGCAAAACAUUAAUAAGAUUCUUUUUCAUUGUAUGAUUGUUCUGCUGUCAAGAUUUCUCCGGGCAGUCAGGUACAGUAAAUGGAGCACUAUGGGUGUGAUUUCCUGCUGCUUGUCCACAUCACACUUUCACUCUUGACAGUGUGGA